AUGGGCUGCUGUGGUUGUGGAAGUUGUGGUGGCUGUGGUGGUGGCUGUGGUGGCUGUGGUGGUGGCUGUGGCGGCGGCUGUGGCAGCUACACCACCUGCAGGUGCUACCGGGUGGGCUGCUGCUCCAGCUGCUGUCCCUGCUGCCGCGGCUGCUGUGGGGGCUGUUGCAGCACACCCGUGAUCUGCUGCUACCGCCGCACCUGCCACUCAUGUGGCUGCAGCUGUAGGAAGGGCUGUUGCCAGCAGAAGUGCUGCUGCCAGAAGCAAUGCUGCUGUUAGGUAGGGCCCUCAGCCUCUGGCAGCUGCUGCAGGUAACUGCUGUAGGUAAGCUUUCCCCUUCUGGCUGCCACUGACUA